GAAUAAAGUAACUGCUACAUCACGAACUUUAUAUCCGUAUCCAAAAAUAAAAUCUUCUUCAAAUGUGAAAAAACAAAUUAAACCACCACCCUAUCAUCCUGAUGAUUAUAUUCUAUUAGUUGGAGAAGGAAACUUUAGCUUUGCGCGCACUCUAGCAGAAUCAAUUCUUCAUACUGGUCAUAAAAUAAUUGCAACAUCAUAUGAUACCAAAGAAAUAUUAACAAAAAAAUACGAUGAUGCACAAUCAAAUAUAAAUAUAUUUACAGAAUGUGGUGGUCAAGUUUUAUAUCAAGUUGAUGCAACAAAACUUGAGAAUUGUAAAGAAUUAAAAAAUAAAAGAUUUGAUAAGAUUGUUUUUAAUUUUCCUCAUGCGGGUCUAGGGAUAAAAGAUCAAGAUCGUAACAUUAUUGCAAAUCAACGUUUAAUUCAUUCCUUUCUCACAUCUUCUUUGGCUUUUCUUACUUCUCGUAAUCUUUAUUCUGAUGAUAAAGAUGGUGAAAUUCAUAUUACAAUGAAAACAGGGGUGCCUUAUGAUCAUUGGAAUAUUCGCAAAUUAGUUAAAUCUAUAGAAAGUCUUGGAAUUAAAGAGAGUUUUGAGUUUGAUCCAAAUCUUUAUCCAGGGUAUGAACAUCGAAGAACUUUGGGAUUUAAAGAAGGUGUUAGUAAAAAAGAUAAUGAAGAAAUUUUGGAAAAACAACCAAGAACUUUU